AUGAAAGGAAGAGCUGAAAAGGCUGGCUUGGGUUUGAAUCUUGUGGCUGAGUUUGAAUCGUGGAGUGGCGGACAUCGUAGAGAAGUGUUGCGGUAAUCUUUGCUGGAGCUGAGGUUCUUCUGUGAGCCUGGCAAAGAUCCGUCGGGAGCUUCCUCUGAGCCCCAGAUGUAGACUCAAGACAAGACUUGCCAGCACUGCCUAGCGGAAUUGCCAAGACUCAAACGAGAGAAAUAUUCAGGCAUUCAUACAAACAGGGGAAGCAAGAUAAUCAGCAAUGUCUGUCACUGAGGAAGACCUGUGUCACCAUAUGAAAGUAGUCGUUCGCGUGCGUCCAGAAAACACAAAAGAAAAGGCAGCUGGAUUCCAUAAAGUGGUCCAUGUUGUAGAUAAGCAUAUCCUAGUUUUUGACCCCAAACAAGAAGAAAUUAGUUUUUUCCACGGAAAGAAAACUGCAAAUCGAGAUAUUACAAAAAGACAAAAUAAGGAUCUCAAGUUUGUAUUUGAUGCAGUUUUUGAUGAAACUUCAACUCAAUUGGAAGUUUUUGAACAUACUACUAAGCCAAUUCUUCGUAGUUUUUUGAAUGGAUAUAAUUGCACAGUGCUUGCAUAUGGUGCUACUGGAGCUGGGAAGACCCACACGAUGCUAGGAUCAGCUGCUGAACCUGGAGUAAUGUAUCUAACAAUGUUAGACCUUUAUAGAUCCAUGGAUGAAAUUAAAGAAGAAAAAGUAUGUAGUACUGCAGUUUCUUAUCUGGAGGUAUAUAAUGAACAAAUUCGUGACCUCUUAGUAAAUUCAGGGCCACUUGCUGUUCGGGAAGAUGCCCAAAAGGGGGUAGUUGUUCAGGGGUUGACUUUACAUCAGCCCAAAUCCUCAGAGGAGAUUUUACAGUUAUUGGAUAGUGGAAACAAAAACAGGACACAACAUCCCACUGAUAUGAAUGCCACAUCUUCUCGUUCUCAUGCUGUUUUCCAGAUUUAUUUGCGGCAACAAGACAAAACAGCAAGUAUCAGUCAAAAUGUACGAAUUGCCAAGAUGUCGCUCAUUGACCUGGCAGGAUCUGAGAGAGCCAGUACUACCAGUACUAAAGGAACCCGAUUUAUAGAAGGCACAAAUAUUAAUCGAUCACUCUUAGCUCUUGGGAAUGUUAUCAAUGCCUUAGCAGACACAAAGAGAAAGAAUCAGCAUAUUCCUUACAGAAAUAGUAAGCUCACUCGCUUGUUAAAGGAUUCUCUUGGAGGAAACUGUCAAACUAUAAUGAUAGCUGCUGUUAGUCCUUCCUCUGUAUUCUACGAUGACACAUAUAACACUCUUAAGUAUGCUAACCGUGCAAAGGACAUUAAAUCUUCUUUGAAGAGCAAUGUUCUUAACUUGAACAAUCAUAUAACUCAGUAUGUAAAGAUCUGUAAUGAACAGAAGGAAGAGAUCUUAAUGUUAAAAGAAAGACUAAAAGCCUAUGAAGAACAGAAACCCCUUACUGAUGAAAAUAACAAAGCGAAGUUAAUGAUUUCAAAUCCUCAGGAAAAAGAAAUUGAAAGAUUUCAAGAAAUUCUGAACUGCUUGUUCCAGAAUCGAGAAGAAAUUAGGCUAGAAUAUCUGAAGCUGGAAAUGUUACUAAAAGAAAAUGAACUUAAAUCAUUCUAUCAACAACAGUGCCACAAGCAAAUCGAAAUGAUGUGUUCUGAAGACAAAGUAGAAAAGGCCACUUGCAAACGAGAUCAUAGACUUGCAAUGUUGAAAACGCGUCGCUGCUACCUAGAGAAGAAAAAGGAGGAGGAAUUAAAGCAAUUUGAUGAGAAUACUAAUUGGCUCCAUCGUGUAAAAACUGAAAUGGAACUCUUAGGUCAAAAUGGUCAUAUUCCAAAGGAGCUCAACAAAGAUCUUCAUUGUCACCAUUUGCACCUCCAGAACAAAGAUUUGAAAGCACAGAUUAAGCAUAUGGUGGAUCUAGCUUGUCUUCAAGAACAACAACACAGGCAAACUGAGGCAGUAUUGAAUGCUUUACUUCCAGCCCUAAGAAAACAGUAUUGUGCAUUAAAAGAAGCUGGACUUUCAAAUGCUGCUUUUGAGUCUGACUUCAAAGAAAUUGAACAUUUGGUAGAGAGGAAAAAAGUGGUGGUUUGGGCUGACCAAACUACAACUCAUACUAUAAAGCAACAAGAUCUACCAGAAAUUUCUGUUCUUAUGACCUUUCCACAACUGGGACCAGUUCAAUCUGCUCCUUGUUGCACAUCAUCAGGUGAAUCUAAUCUACUUAAAAUUCCUCCACAAAAAAGAACCCGAAGAAAGCUCAUGCCUUCUCCCCUGAAAGCAAAACAUCCGCAGAAGUCUGCACUGUCUGAAAGUUUACAGCUCAAUGAUUCUCUCAGCAAAGAACUUCAACCUAUUGUGUAUACACCAGAAGACUAUAGAAAAACAUCUCAAAAUUCAUCUGUAGUGACUUUAUUAAAACCAUCAUCACAUACUACAGGUUUUCAGACCAUCAGCUCAAGUGUAAACAGUGAUAAUUCUCUGAAAAUGUUAUGUGAAGUAGAUACUCCUCUCAGCAGGAGAAAAGAAUAUAGACAAGAAGAUUUGGACUCUACAUUUACUAUAUGUGAAGACACCAGGAGCUUUAAGAGUAAAUUACCUGAACAAGAAUCACUGUCAAAUGAUAACAUUUUACAAAGGCUUGCCUCUUCAUUCUCAACUAAACGUCCUCUACCUAUACCAAGCAUAGUACCAUCCUACAUGGCAAUGACUGUUACUGCCAAAAGGAAACGGAAGUUCACAAGUUCUGCAUCAAAUACUUCAUUAACUGGCGAGGUAAAUUCUGGAUUUGCCAAACGCAUUCGACAAGAUAAUGCAAGUGAAAAGGAUUUACAAGAAAACAGACCAACAAUGGACUAUAAAAGAAGCAUCCAUAAAGUAAAGCCAAACAUGGUUAGAAAAUUUGGAAGAAGUAUUUCAAAAGGAAGUCUAAGAUAAGUCACUUCAAAAUCAAGGAAAAUGGAAUCGACAAAUCUCCUUUCAAAAGGAUUUGUUGCCAGUGCCCUUUCAGAAACUUAUUUAAAACCUUUGACAGAAGACCAUCUGAAACCUAAGUUUACCCAAAUACCUUCAGCAAGCAGAAAAUAAAAUUCUUUGUUUCGUUCUUUUGUCUUCUAAGCAAAUAUUAAAUUUCAGCAGAAAAGGUUAUGUUUUAAUAAAGUUACUAAAAUAUUUGUUACCCUUUAUAAUCUGUAAGUAGGCUUGGUGGCUGAUAUAUCAGUUUUACUACGCUACAAAUUGAUUAGGACAUUUUAGAAAAUAGUGAGUUAAAUUAUCCUUAUUGUUUUUCCUUCUCAAACAAAGAGAAUUUAGAAGUGAUAAAAUUAUGGCCCAGGAUAUAUUUGGUCGUACAUUAUUUUAAUCAUAUAUAUAGGACUUUACUUUCCAAAAAUACUUUGAUGUACAAAUGUACAUAUAUGUGCCCACAAAGUUGUAAAGAUUAUUUAAGUAGUCUUCAUGAAUAAAAUACUAAUAUUGUUCCUUGCUACUCAGUAUAUUAAAGAUAAAGAUUUUACAGUGUUUGCUUUUCUGUCUUUUUAGUACCCCUUACAUACUUUCAACUGUUAUUUUAUAUAAAAUGUGAAUUUUAUAGAUUUGUGUUUCAGAUUAGAUCAGGAUAUAUGGCACUAGAACCAAGUCUGAAAAUGAUCCAUAUAUUCCUACUGAUAAAGUUUUAAUCAUUCCUUCUCCUAUAGGAAGUACAGAGAGCUGCAGUGAGAUCAUAUUGUUCACCUGCCUUGUUUGACCUGUUCUUCUUCUGAAUGCAAUAAAUACUUGAUUAAA